AUGGCAUCCCAAGCGCCCGAGUCCUCUGCACCCUCUUCCAAUAUCAACUCCCCAAUCCUCCCGCCCAAUGGUGGACCUCUGGUCAAUGCGCAAUAUACCGACCUAAACGCUCGAUCCUCUCCCGCUCCCUCCGCCCAAGGUGACGGCCGAGCCAAGCGAAACAAAAGAGACAGUCGCAAAAAGCGCGAAGCUAAAGGCUUAGAUGCCGAAAGUGCACCACCACCACCGAAAAAGCGCGCCACAGCAGCAAAUAACACAGCUCUUCCAAGCUCCAAGCUGCGGAUCCUGCGCCCAUUGCUCCUUGCAGAACCACAUGAUUCAGACCGAUUCCCUCCACAGCCUCGGCAGCUGAAUCGUGUGAGUCGAAAGACUUCAGAAGUUCUGGGCCAGAGCUGGGAUUUCUAUGAGGUUGUGGACAAGCUCACCAACAAGAAUGGCUUUCGCUACAGCUAUGCCAUCUCUGACGCGGGCUUCCCUCAUAUCAAAUAUCGCCAGACAGACGUUCGCCCAUAUCAUGCUCGCUUUAGCUUCGAGGAUUCACCAGCUGCCAUCUCGUUCUCGGAAAACGCCACGGCGGUGACCACCAAUGAUGCGUGGCACACUGCUCGCGCCAAUGUAUGUGCUCGGGAAGGCACCUACUACUAUGAGGCUCGUGUGAUUAGUGGGGUUGUAAAGGAUCCCCAAGCUCCUCAAAAUGGCCGGCCCGCUACUUCACCUCGCGGCCACGUCCGAAUAGGGUUCGCCCGGCGGGAGGCUGACCUGGACGCGAAUGUCGGGGUGGACUGCUACGGGUAUGGAAUCCGGGACGUGAACGGCGAAGUGGUUAACCGCAUGAGAUGCGAGUUCUUCUUUCCCAAGGGGGAGGCUAUUAAUGAAGGCGAUGUCAUCGGCAUGCUCAUCACGCUUCCACCCCUAGCACUUCACCAGAAGAUUGUUGAAGGAUCUUAUGACCCGGUCACUGAUGGAGAUGGCUCAACUCAGCCACCCAUGGCAACAAAUAUCAUUCGUGAUCGGAUUCCUUUCCACUACAAGUCGGACUUUUGCUGGCAGCAAUCCAAUGUUUUUUCGACCAAACAUCUCCGCGAUUACGCCUUCAACUUGAAAGAAACACCAACUUUUGGGCCCCCUUCUCCCUUGAACAGCGAAGACCCCACCCUCCGCACACUCCCCGGCUCCAGCAUCACUAUUUUGAAGAACGGUGUUCCAAUGGGCACCCCAUUCAAAGAGCUCUACGCCUUCCUCCCACCCGCAAGCCGCUUGGCCAAUGGCACUAACAACCUGGGCAUCGGUGAGCGAGAAAAUGCUGACGAUGGCAUGAUCGGCUACUACCCAGCCGUCAGCUGCUAUGGCGGCGGCGCCGUCGAGUGUCGCUUCGAGGGACCGUGGUGGGUUGGUCCGCCCGACCACACCGAGACCGGAGAGCCCGUUCGACCCAUGGGCGAGCGGUUCAACGAUCAGAUCGUGGAAGACGUGAUGGCAGAUAUGGUGGACGAGGUCGAAGCAAUGUUCACCUGGGGUGGCAUCGACGGCAACGUCAUCAACAAUGGCACCGAACUCGAGGGGGCCGGCGUUGUAGGCGGACCGGAAGUUCUGAAGGGGGGUGUCGGAGCGGCGCUUGACUAUGCACUGACUGCCAAUACCCCCGGCACCGCCGGGGCCUCUGAUUCGGCAGCUAAUAGCAACCGCGGGACUCCAGCUGCGGGCGAUGUUGGAAACCUGCCUGCCCCAGAGGCUCUGAGCGUUGGCACAGCCGGUACUCCCAACAUCGAAGUUCAAGGCGAUGGCGAUGGCGAUGUUGAGAUGACUUAA